AUGGGGAGCGGUGCCUUCAUCCUGGUCCUCACCCUGGCCCUGGCAGGAUGCGUGGUACCUGCAGAGAGAAAGUGCCUCCUCUCCGGGUCGUGGCGGAGUGACACUGGCUGCCGGAUGGUCGUGUCUGUCCUUGGCAAGGGCGGCAGAUUCUCCGGUUCCUACCUGCCAGGACCUGCUGCUGGGAACUCCGAAAUCCUCACCUCGCCACUGGAGGGGUCCCAGCAGAACACAGGGCUGGUCCUGCAGCCCACCUUCUCCUUCACCGUGCACUGGCGGCUGCGAGACAACACCACCGUGUUUUAUUUCAGAUCACCCAUGUACUAUCGAUUAGUGCUGGGCCAGCAACUCCAAGUGACAUCAGUGGCAUUAUGCAUCCUGAUCUCGAACUACAAAAAACGAAAGAACAGCAAAGACAGGGUCCUAGACCUUCCUGUCACCGUGGGCAGCUCCUGGGUAAAAAGGUCCAGUGGUUCCCUGGGGAUGCUCGUGGGCUGCCUGCCCCAGCCAGGGCAGAGCUGCGACCUGAUCCUGUUAUGA